AUGGCGGAGACCGAGGAGCGGAGCCUGGACGACUUCUUCGCCAAGCGGGACAAGAAGAAGCGGAAGGAGAAGAGCAGCCGAAGCGCCGCCGCCGCUGCCGCCUCUAGCGCUUCCAACGCCGGCUCCAGCGCGGCGGGCGCGGCCGCGGGGACCCCGCGACCGACUGAGGGCGGCGGCUCCGGGGAUGCGGCGCCCGGGGCCGUGCGGGGCUGGCGGCGCUCCCGGCCCCGCCCCGGGCCCGCCGGGCGGGCGCUGCCGCCUCUUCUGUCGCUGCUGCGGGGUGGGGGGAGCCUUCCUCGGCAGUCCUUGCCCUGGGGGAGGCGAGAAAGCUGGGCCCCUUCCCGCUCUGCAGCUGCGGCUCAGCCCGGCGCUCCCUCCCAGGUUUCUGGUGUUGCGGCCGGAACCGGAGGUUUGCGUCAGGUGCCACCUGGGGCUGUGCAGCGUGGCGUGUGGACCUUGGCGAUAAGAUUUCCCCAGAGUCCGCCGAGCUCUCUGCCUCGUUGCCAGGCAGGAUUUUGCUGCCAAUAG